AUGUCUAAUUCAGGCACCGUUCAUUCGGCUUCGUACUUUAACACCCACGAUGAUGCGGCCACCCUGGAAAGGGCCAUGAAGGGUCUCGGCACGGACGAACAGGCUAUUAUCAACCUGUUGUCAAAACGUUCUGUUAAGCAACGCCAGGAGAUUGCAGAAACCUACAAAGCAAGCUACGGAAAGGACCUCAAAGACCGUUUGCGCAGCGAAUUGAGUGGACAUUUCCGACAAGCAGUUCUCUAUUCCUUCUACGACAUGGCUCAUGUAAAUGCCAGGGCGUGCUACAAAGCUAUAAAGGGCGCGGGCACCGAUGAACAAGUCCUCAUUGACGUCAUCUGCACAUCCACGAAUGAGGAAAUACACGCUUUGAAAGAAGCCUACAAUGAUAUCCUCUACGAGGCGAAACAAAAUGCUCUUCGGAGGAACUUGGAACUUGAUGUCAAAAAUGAUACCAGCGGUGACUUCCAGAAGGUUCUGAUUGCCCUCCUUCAAGGCCAAAGGACCGGAGAUGUGGACGAUGCUAAACUUCGCGAAGAAUGUAGAGCUCUCUACAAGGGCGGCGAAGCAGUCGUGGGAACGGAUGAAGCCACCUUUACACGGAUAUUCGUCUCACGCAGCUGGAAAGACAUCGUGAAAAUCAACGAUAUCUAUAAAUCGGCGAUUGGUCACGAUCUGCUUACAGCCAUUGACAAGGAAACGUCCGGUGACUAUCGAACUGCUCUUCAGACGAUUGUAAAGACGGCUAUCGACAGGAAUAAGACCUAUGCUGAGAUUCUCUACAAGACCAUGAAAGGCCUCGGCACUCGUGAUGACAACCUUAUUCGAAUGAUCAUCGCCCACUCUGAGGUUGAUUUGGCCACCAUAAGGGCUACGUUCGACAGCACAUACGACAAAAGCCUGGCAAAAUGGAUCACAGGAGACACAACUGGUGACUACCGGAAGUACCUUCUUGCAAUCCUGGGAAAUGAAGUUUCGGAGCCUUUCUGA